AUGAGUUAUCGUCCACCAUACCAGUCAAAGCCGAAUGCAGCGACAGCUACAACAAGGUGCCAGAAAUGUCUAGGAUUCGGCCAUUGGACCUACGAAUGUAAAGGCGGAGAACAAGUUUACAACGCCCGUCCUAGUAGGACUCAGCAGCUGCGCAAUCCCAAGUUGAUGCCGGAGUUGACGGAGGUGGUGCCGGAGGAGAUCAAGAACGGGAAGGGUGUGGCGGAUAAGGUUCUUUCCGAAAGGGAGGCUGAGAGAAGACGACGGAGGAGUCCUUCAAGAUCCCGUUCGCGCUCGAGACACCGAAGCGACAGACGAUCCCGUGAUCACGACAGAAGGCACAGAGACAAACCUCGCGAGGAAAGGCACCGUGGAGACAGCUACCGUCCCAGCAGACAGAAUCGUACCAAAUCAAGGUCUCGCGACCGCUCGUACCGCUCGAAACGGCGGGACGAUUCGCCUCGUCGUUCUUCCCGACGUGAGGCGUCUCUCGACUACAACGAUGGUCGAAGGCGCGACGGAAGCCGAGACCGUCGUGGCUCUGACGCUGCUUCCAUGCGCUCACGAAUCCGCUCGCCCCCUGUACGCGGCGAAAGUCCGCCCUAUGUUCCAGGUGGUCGUAGCAGCAGAUCUGUCGCACAACCAGAUAUUCCCGCAGAACCAGCGAGAAGGCAGUCACCACCUCCGAGCAAGGAGGCACAGAGAGAAAGGAGUCUCAGUCCGUAUAGUGCGAGAGUACGCAUGACGCAGAUGAUGCAGCAACAGCAGAGCGGUCCAUUUUCGCAGCAGCAGCGGGCGAAUUCGCCUCCUCAAGACCGAUUCAAGGGAGCCGAGAAUGAGCGGACCCUUUCGCCUAUUCUGAACAAAAACGAAAAGGCGGGAUUGAGCAGUUCGCCACCAAGUGAGAAGCCAGGACGAGAUGAGCCAGGACGAGACAACGGGAACCAAUCUUUACAGAGCAAUGAAAAUGGUCAGCAGAGAGAGAGGAGCUUGAGUCCGCAUAGCAGGAGGGUCCAGUUGACCAAGGCGCUACAGGACGGUCAAGGUCGGGUGUAG